CCAGAAAUAGCUCCCGCGAGUGUCCCACAGAUAAGCAGAGUCGGGGGGGUCUGGUCCACCUCCCUCACCAUGUGGCUCCUGGCUGAAGGCUCUCAGGCGGGAUGCAGCCCUUCCCCGAUCAGUUCAUGGAAUUCCAUCCGGUCCACGGGUCCAACGUCAGGCUGGACCUCUUGGGCACCCAGGCCACCCGCGUGGAGAGCUUCGCCAACGGCGUGUGCUUCAGCAAACGCCCGCUGAGGCCCGGCGAGAUUUUUCUCAUCGAGAUCGAGGACAAGGAGCUGGGCUGGUGCGGCCACCUGCGGGUGGGCCUCACCGCCAGGGACCCCGGGGGCCUGGACGCGGUGCCCGAGUACUCCAUCCCGGACCUGACAGACUCGGGGGACAGCUGGGUUUUCGCCAUCACUCGCAACCACAACAAGAUCAUAGAGGACCCCGGGGAGGCGGCGGCGGCGGGGGGAGGAGCCGGCGGGGGCCGCAGGCUCGGGGGAGGGGAGGCCGGCGGCGGGGACGCGGGGGCAGAGGUCAGCAAACCCAAGGCUUUCUUCACCGACUCUCACCUGGACAUCGAGGACGUCCGGAUCCCCCUGGACAAGCUGGUGGGACGGAGCAGGCCGGGACGCUACAGCCACAUUUUGGACGACUUGUACAAGACCAACGCCUUGCCCCCCACGGCCAGGCGCAGCCGGAUCGGAGUGCUGUACGUGGCCAAAGGGCGCGGCCUGGCCGACAUGCACAUUGUGAUCAAUGGGGAGGACAUGGGAGCGUCCGCCAAGGGGAUUCCCUCCGUGCAGCCGCUGCACGCCGUGGUGGACGUCUUCGCCGCGACCAAGUGCGUCCGGAUUGUCCAGGUGGAGUACGGAUUCUCGUCCCUGCAGACGUUGUGCAGGAAGUCCAUCCAGAAGCACAUCGUCCACAGGAUGGCCAUCGACUGGCUGGAGCUGCCAGAGGCCCUGAAGCACUACUGCAAGUAUGAAUGAAGAGCGCCGACCUCGCGGCUCACGAAUAACCUCCAUGUUUCUACCGAGAGAGAUGCGUCCAUCUUCAUGAUCGGAGGCUCUCGUUGACAGAUGUGUCAAAACAACGAUAAUGAGGACAAGGGGACAACCAUCAACCACAAUAAAUAGACUCUCGUUUC